AUGAGUGUUUCAACCAGUGGGUUCAACCAACCUGCGACUGCAGAUUCUUCGCCAGAGAAUGUCCACGGGGCCGUUGACCAGCCUUCCGCUGUAGCCGAAGGCACCAAGAAGAAACCUCUUUCUCAGCAGCCACGCCAACUGCUUUCGUGCACUAAGUGCCGUGAGCGAAAAGUCAAGGUAAGGAUGGUUAGAAGAAUAACCCGCAAGGCAAUCCCCGCAUCACCACCGUUUAUCUGCGAUCGUACCAAACCGUGCACAUCUUGCUGCGCCCGUGGACAACCUAAGGACUGUCACUUCAAAGUUGCAGAAGGCGGCGACUACGCACCUAUCCAACAGUCUUACGAGCUCCGGAAGCUCCGCACCGAGAAUAUCCAGCUCAAAAACCGACUGCGGCAGAGUAACCUGCCCAUUGAGGCCGAUGAAGAAGAUUUCGACGUCUCGCCAGACUCUCACCUUGCCGAGGUGCCGGUGAGCAAAUCUCACAGACGGCGCGCCGCAAGGCAGAGGCGUUUCCAAGGAUCCGAAUGGUCUGACAGCAUAUACUUUGGCAGCCCAGCUCUCGCAAACGUCAUUACUGAAUUCGCCAACAUUAGCCUCUCUCAAGUGUCUGGGAAGUCCAUCACCCAUGCCAUGCCACGCGGAGCGGACAUGUACGCACCACAAGAUAUUCCCGCAUAUCCGUUUCCGACCGUGUUUCCUGCGGAGCAGGAGGCCUGCAUAACUCGACUUCUACAGUGUCUCCCUGAACCUGUCGAGCUCUCAGCGUAUUUGGAUUCUUUUCAGGACCGCGUUCAGAUUUGUGCAUUUCCACACGUCCCAGUAGAGGUCACCAAGAGCGAAGUCGACCGGUUUCUAGGAGAUGCCAGGACGAAUGUCCAAAUCUGUCCGGAUAUGCUGGCUCUUCUCUUUGCGACCCUCGCCCUCGGCGCUCAGCACUGCGUGUGGGAUAAGUACGGCGGAAAGUGGGUAGCUGGGGCUAUGGAAAAAGAGUUGAAGAAUGGGGACGUUUAUAUGGCAGCUUCCAUGCAGGCUUUGCGAAUGGCCUCUUUUAUGAGCAAACCCACCCUUCUUAGCAUUCAAGCACUCAUUAUGAUCGGACCCUACCUUACUAAUAGUGGACGCUUCCUCGACGCCUGGACGCUCUUUGGAACUACGAUUCGACUUGCUCAGUCCAUCGGCCUUCACCGCCACCCGAAAUACCUCGACCCAGCACCACCUACGGAGAAGGAAUGCUCAAUACGUCAAUCACUCUGGUGGUGGAUGCUUCAUAUGGACCAGCAGUAUUCUAUGACUCUUGGCCGACCUCUAGGCAUCAGUGGGAUUGGAGACUGCCCUCCGCCUCAUGAACUCACCACGGACCCCACGAUCUUGAGGUUUGGCGAAUUUGUGCACCGUUUCACGAUACUCGCGAGGCAAAUACUCAGCAGCGACCGCUUAACCAACACAAAGAUCGAUGAAUUCACGGACCGACUUCGAGCGCUGCUGGAUACGAUGCCGGAGAAUUUACAGUUCAACGAGAGCUGGCUCUGCGAAGACAAGCCAAUACCAGACUGGCCUCACGGUCCUAUGGCUGCUGCUUUCUACUGCAAGAUUCAUAACUACCUUAUCCUCUUGAACCGCCAACGACUAGACAAACAAGAAUCCCGCACUUCCGCUCACCAAACACCAUCUCCAAUAACCAAGACUCCGCCACCCUCGUUUCAUUCGGGCAAUCACCCUCCUUCGUCACACCCAUCGCCAACCUUGUCAUCAAAAGCAACGCUUCGCGGCCGUGCGCUCGUCCUCGCCUCUUCCGAAGACCUGCUGACUGCAUUUCUUUUCUUUAAGGCACGGGUCUCCGCGGCACUAAUUUGCUGGACAAUGGGACAACAGGCCUUUAAUUCAUGCAUGAUACUUGUUCUCGAUGCCCUGGAAACACAUGACCUGAGCCGCAUUAAGAAGGUGGAGCAGGCGCAUGCAAUAUUCCAAGAACUCCACACGAACGGCGUGCAUAAGCUUGCAGGCAUAGCAGUCGGCAGAGUGAGCUGGGGGCUGAACCAGCUAUUACCAUUGAGAGACGAGGUUGGUGUUUCGAUGGUGGGCGAAUCGGCUGGCCUUGUAAGAGCAGGGCACGAAGGUGACGUUCAAAUGCAGGGAGCAGCUGGAAAUGAGGUUGCAGACCCAGGUACGCUGCAGGAUUCAGUCAUGGGCAACACUGGGAUGAACCUACUCGAGAACUCGGGGCUCCAAAGUUUCCAUCGGGAGGCGUUCACCCCACUCUCAUGGGACUGGGCGGGGGACCGUUUACAGGGUGUUAGUCCACUGGAGCGCAAGCAGCAAGAAGAGCAGGAUCAGCGAAAACUGUGCGAGCCUCUGAAUCCCGGAAGUGAAUCCGACGAGGAGUUCAACAAUCUGGACAAGGGGUUUUGCACGCUUCAAGAAGUUCGAUCCUCGGAAGAGGUACAAGGGUUGCGAAGAUCGGCUCUGGGAUCGGCACCAUUGCGAUUCGCGACCGCCUGUCCAGCGCCGUCACAGGCACAGAGUCAGCCGCAGGGCCUGGUAUCUCCGAUAUCGCCUUUGUCGUCAACGACCCUGAUGCAACAACCUCAACAUCAAUUCCAGGGGAUAGGUGUGGGGUUGCAUCAGCAGCUGUCCCCUCAUCCUCGACACCACUCAUAUCCCUCAUUACACCAGCACAUCCCUCCACGGCCGGUUCCCCACUCCUCUCCACAGUCGAACAAUCCGACCCUGUAUUCACAAAGCCAACCAUCCCCUGUCUCUACGUUAUCCCACUGCUCUCCUUCGCCGGCACUUCGCUCGUCGCAAAUACGAUCGGGAACAUUGUCUCAUCAACAACCAUGCCAUGUGACCAAUGCCAAUAAUGCUAGCGUGCACCCAUCCUGGGCGGCCCGUCCCGCGCCCCCAAUUUCGCGCUUGUCAGAGCCUGAAGUAUUCUUCGCACAAGUGCCUGCGCCGGCGCGAGUGCAAGAUAUCCCUGCACAGCACAUUCAACAAAGCCCAAAUCCAACGUAUCCGUUCCCGUUUUCUUAUCACAUGGUAGCUACCGGUAGCAGAGCUAAGGCUAACGUGGCAACAACUGCUGUCACACAAGCUGGUCUAGAUCAAAUGGACACUAGCGGAUGGAGGAGAUAGGUUAGUAGUAGAAGGAGCGGUACUGGAUAUGUCAUUUUCUCAUUUCAUCUCCCCGAUUCGAUUCGAUUCACCUUCCCGUUGAGUACCAGACGGUUCCUCUCGAGAAGCCACAACCUGGAUAUGGAAAUACAUGUUUUAGUUUCAUGUGUAUAUCUCAGGAUCCUGCAC